GUGGUACCGGAUCGACGUACGGAAAUACGUCAAGCGGGACGCGGCGUCCAUGACCAAUGCGUUCUUCCUCGUAGAAGGCUUCGGGACUUGGAUGCCUCGCCUCGGCUUCAGGGAGCGGGUCGUCCGGAACCCUGGGGGCGGCAGCAGCCUGGUAGUCGACGUCUUGUACGAGAUGGACGAGACGUACAUAGGGUGGGACUCCACGAACUUGAGGAGUCUGACCCAGACGAGGUGGGAGGCCUUCUAUGUGCAGUACACCAACGUGAUCCGCCGCCUGCUGGAGGCCGACGACAAGAAGGGAGCCAAACAGCACA